UGUAUGUAUAUAUGUGUGUGGAUGGGUGGGUGAUAUGUUUUUGAAUAACUAUUGUGUCAAUAACUGCUACUUAUUCUGCGCAGCAUCUGUACUUUAGGGAAGACGGGAGACCAAGCAGACUUUUUAACCAAUUACAUUCGAGUUUAUUGUUAGGCACAAAAGGCGCGAUGUUACCAAGACGACUGGAAGCAAAACAAAUAGAUCAAAGUGGCAGAUGAAGAAGAAGCUUUCAUUAAAUGUCUUCCUGGUGAAACAAUCAACGAGAGGCUUGCAACAGCUCCACGCAAUGAUGGCUUCAAUGAGCCAGCGGCGCAACAUGACGCACAGUCAGCAGCAGAGGGUGACCUCGGAAUUUCGACAGCAGGAGGAGCAACGAGAAGAUCUGACAAAACGCAUCACUAAGGACAGACAGAUGCAAGCCAAUCUAAUGAGUGAGGAGAGACUUGAAAAGAAGCGAUACCUACGCAAGGUGCAAGACGAGCUGCACGAAAGCCAAAUUGAGGAUGCUCUCAUCAAGGCAGAGGAGGAGAGAAUAUACAAGGAAAAGCAACUAGAACAAGAGGAGAGAAUGGCACAAGAACUGGCCCGCAUCAGCUAUGAAAAGCUUAGAGAUGAAAAAAUGAGGCAAUAUAUAAAAGAGAACAGUGUUGAACUCCGUGAGUUAGAGGGGAAGCUCAAGUCUGCAUACCUAAACCGGGAGAGGGCCGCACAGAUUGCUGAAAAGGAGUCUAUGAGAUAUGAGACAGUGCGGCAGGAGGCUGAUAUUGCUCGUAAGAUGAAGAGCGAGCAUGAGCGGGCCUCUGUGGAGCAGGAGAAGCAAGACCAUAAGCGCUACGAGGAGGUGGUGCAGUACCAGCAGGAGCUGGAGCAGCAGCUGGAGGAUAAAGAGCACAAGAGACAGGAGGCUUAUGAGGAGUUCCUCAAGGAGAAACUCAUGGUCGACGAAAUCGUCAGGAAGAUCUAUGAGGAGGAUCAAAUGGAGAGGCAGUUAAGACUGGAGAAGAUAACAGCCACUCAAAGGUACAUAGAGGAGUUCAAGAGCCAGCAGACGGAGUGGAGACUGAUGGAGCGGGAGAAGAUGGAGGCUGAGAACAGACGCAUCCUGGAAUUUGCCAGUUACCAGCAGCGUAAGGAGAAGAACAGAAUGGAGAAAGUCAGAGAACGAGAGCAGGCAAAAGAACAUCUUCACCAGAUGCUCACUGAGAAGAUUGAAAUGGAGAGGCAGCAGCGUGACGAGAUGGAGCGUGUUCGUGAAGAGCUUUGUCUGGAGGAGCAAGCCGAGGCUGCAAGGCAGAAACAAAUCGAGGAGAUGGAGAAGAGAAUCAGACAGAGGCUGGAGUUGCAGCAGACCUGCCAAGAGCAAAUAGCCUUCAAGGAAAUGCGGAGGCAGGCUGAGAAGGAGGAGGAGGAGGCCUUCAGGCAGAUGAUGAUGGCCAAGUUUGCUGAGGACGACCGCAUAGAGCAGAUGAAUGCCCAGAAACGCCGCAUGAAGCAGCUUGAGCACAAGAGGGCUGUGGAGAAACUGCUGGAGGACAGGAGACAGCAGUACCUGGCUGACAAGGAACGUGAGGCUGAAGAAAGAGCAAUUGAACAGGAGAGGGAGGCAUUGCGUCGACAGAUCAUUGAGGAGGAAAGGCGAAGACUUCUCAAACUCCAUGCCACAAAACUGCUGGGCUAUCUACCUAAGGGCAUAUUCCGGGAAGAUGACCUUGAACACUUUGAUGAGGACUUCAGAAGCAAUUUCCAAAAGCGACAGGCCGACAUCUUUGAUGAAGAGAGCUGGGGAGAUGAUGAAUAACCACUUUCUAUACUACACCACUAGAUGGCAGUAUUGGGUAGAUGCCGUGUAGUGUUUGUUUUGGUGUAUCAAAUGAUGGAUUUCUUAUGGCGAUGGUGUACUCAAAAAUGUAUUAAGUUGCAAUGACACAUUUGUAUUCCACUAGCUGCAUAUCACAUAUAAAUCAUAUCAUGGAGGUGCAUAAAUGUUCAGGUGAAGUCAUUUGGUAAUUUAAAAAACUACACAAUUUCCUUUAUUAGGUGAUGAUGCAACUACAGUUUAAAUUGCUUUAACCCAUUAUUCUAAUAAAAUGCUAACCUUUUCAAAUCCAA